AUGGGCCACAUCAAACCGCAGGACGGGCAGCCGCGCUCGCACAAAGGGAAUGAAGGUGCCGCACAGGCAGUGAGCCUCGCCUGGCUCGCGCCGUCGUCGGUGCACAUCAGCCUCGACAGCUGGCUGUGGCGCGCCAUCGAGCGGCUGUACCAGCUGCCGAACCCGCCGUCGCCGCGCAAGCGCACCCGGCCCAUGGAGGUCAUCUGCGUCGGCCUACCGCGGUCCGGCACCGAGUCGCUGCAGCAGGCCCUGCUAAUGCUCGGCUACGACUACACGUACCACGGCUGGGAUAUAGUCUACGACGACGAAUGCCACUCGCCGGGCUGGGUGCGCCUAGCACGAAAAAAAUGGUACUCGUCGCCCUCAUCAUCCCCCUCCUCCAAACGAACCCCGCCAGCAACGCUCACAGCGGCGGACUUCGACGCGCUGCUGGGGCACGCGGUAGCCGUCACCGACGCAGCGGCCAGCGUGUUCGCGGCGGACAUGAUCGCGGCGUACCCGUCGGCCAAGGUGGUGCUCAACACGCGGCGCGACGGGGCGGCGUGGCGCCGCAGCCUCGAGGCCACGCUGGUGCACGCCAACGCCAGCUGGGCCUUCUAUGUCGCGUCGUGGCUCGACCGCGAGUGCUUCUGGGCCUGGCACGUCUUCGAGCGCUUCCUCUGGCCGCUGCUGUUCCGCGCCCCCGACGGCGACAUGGCCAAGGCGAUACGCGGGAACGCCGCGUGGGUUCAUCAGGAGCACAGCAGCAUGAUCCGCGGCCUCGUGCCCAAGGAGCGGCUGCUCGAGUGGCAGAUCGAGGACGGCUGGGAGCCGCUGUGCCGAUUCCUGGGCAAGCCGGUGCCCGAGGCCGAGUUCCCGCACGCCAACGCGGUCAGCGGCGGCUGGAAGGCCCGCGAGGAGCAGUGCAACAAGCGAUGGGUCGAGCGUGCCUUUGUCAACCUGUUUCUUUUGUUAGCCGCGCUAGUGCUAGGCGCCUACUUCGUGGCGAGGACAUGUCUUUGAUCACUUUGCGUACACGCCCAAAAUACCAAGAGCUGUUGCUUUUGUACAGGAGGCCUUAUUGUUCACGGGGA